UGAGAGUGUGUGCAUGUGUGUGUGUGCGUCUGCUACUCUGGCGGGAUACGAGCGGGCGAUUGAGGGAGUGUGAGAGAGGAGGGAAGCCACGGAGAGAAGAGGAAAGAGAGGAGGAAAGGAGAGGAGAGGAGGAGAGGAGAAGAGAAAGGCCAUGUGCAGGAUGUUUUGACGUUUGGACUGUAGUUGAUCUUUGGCGGCGUGUGUGUGAGUGAGGGUGUGAGCCAGAGUUUGUGUGAGUGUGUGUGUGUGUGUGUGUGUGUGUGUGUGUGUGUGUGUGUGUGUGUGAGAGAGAUGGGGUCUGCUCUGGGCAGAAGAGAGGAAGCUGAAAGAAAGGAGAGGAAGGCAAGAGAAGCCAGGAAAGCCAAACUCAAUAGUAAGGCGAACCUGAAGAAGUUUAUGGAGUAUGUUCAGCAGAGGAACAUUGAGAAGGUGUCCAGGUUCCUGGAGAAAGGUCUGGACCCCAACUUCCAUGACCCUGAAUCGGGAGAAUGUCCUCUGACCAUGGCGUCUCAGCUGGAGGGCUGUGCAGAGCUCAUCAAGGUGCUGAAGAGUGGAGGAGCUCACCUGGACUUCAGGACCCAAGACGGCAUCACUGCCCUGCACAAGGCUGUUCGCACCAAGAACCAUACAGCGCUCAUAACGUUGCUGGACCUGGGUGCGUCUCCUGACUAUAAAGACAGUCGAGGGUUAAGUCCGCUCUAUCACAGCUCUAUGGUAGGAGGAGACCCCUACUGCUGUGAACUACUGCUCCACGACCACGCUCAGGUGGGCUGUGUGGACGAGAACGGCUGGCAGGAGAUACACCAGGCGUGUCGUCAUGGUCACGUUCAGCACUUGGAGCACCUGCUGUUUUACGGAGCUGACAUGGCCGCCCAGAACGCCUCUGGAAACACCGCCCUGCACGUCUGUGCCCUCUACAACCAGGAUAGCUGUACCAGAGUUCUACUGUUUCGGGGAGCGAAUAAAGAGAUCAAGAACUACAACAGCCAGACAGCCUUUCAGGUUGCCAUUAUAGCAGGAAACUUUGACCUGGCUGAAAUCAUCAAGAUCCACAAAGUGUCAGACGUUGUGCCUUUCAGGGAGACCCCCUCCUACACUAACCGUAGACGUGUGUUGGUGGGAGGACUGCCCUCGCCCCGCUCCCUGAUGCGCUCCGCUAGUGACAACAACCUCAACGGGGACAGCGGUCACGGUCUGGUGCAGGGCCACGGUCGACAGGGUCAGUCUCCUGUCCCCUCUCUGAGGAGCCUGCCUGCACUGGGACAACACCAACAACAUGCCAGCCUGGGGGAGACUCAUCAUGGAGAGGUGCCAGACAGCAGUCUCCAGAGCACAGGCAGCUCUCGCUCCUCCCGCUCUCCCUCGCUACACAGUCAUCUGCACGAGGGCGAGCAGAACGUCAGGAGGGCACACGGACACCCUCUGGGACACGUCCCUCGAGGACGCCUCAGCCCGGGCACGGUGCAGCGGGACCCCAGCCCCCCCACCCACACCCCCCCUGCCAUUGCCGGCGCCCGCGGCCCCAAACGGAAACUCUACAGCGCCGUGCCGGGACGCACCUUCAUUGUGGUCAAACCGUACACGCCACAGGGCGAGGGAGAGAUCCAGCUGAACCGUGGAGAGAGGGUCAAAGUGUUGAGUAUAGGAGAAGGAGGCUUCUGGGAGGGCACGGUCAAGGGGAGAACAGGCUGGUUCCCUGCCGACUGUGUGGAGGAGGUUCAGAUGAGACAGUACGACCCUCGGCUAGAGACAAGAGAGGACCGCACUAAGAGACUGUUCAGACACUACACUGUGGGAUCUUACGACAACCUCUCCUCAUACAGUGAUUACAUCAUAGAGGAGAAGAAUGCUAUGCUGCAGAAGAAAGAAAACGAAGGCUUCGGCUUCGUCCUGCGGGGAGCCAAAGCUGAGACACCCAUUGAGGAGUUCACCCCAACACCAGCGUUCCCUGCCCUCCAGUACCUGGAGUCUGUUGACGUGGAGGGAGUGGCCUGGAGGGCAGGGCUUAGGACAGGAGACUUCCUCAUAGAGGUGCACGGGGUGAACGUGGUGAAGGUGGGCCAUAAGCAGGUGGUGUCUCUGAUCAGACAGGGGGGCAACAGCCUGCUGAUGAAGGUGGUCUCUGUCACACGCAAACCUGAGUCUGAGGAGGUGGUCCGCAAGAAAGCUCCCCCGCCACCCAAAAGAGCCCCCAGCACCACCUUGACGUUGCGCUCCAAGUCCAUGACCACCGAACUGGAGGAACUGGCUUCCGUUCGAAGGAGGAGAGGAGAAAGGCUAGAUGAGAUGCUAGCUUCCCAGCCCACAGAGGCCGACUACAGAGCUGCUACUGUCAAACAGAGACCUACCGGCAGGAGAAUCACAUCAGCAGAGAUCAGUUCGCUGUUUGAGAGGCAGGGCAUGGCCCUACAUGGUGGGCUCCACCCAGGGAUGGAGAGGGCUCAUAUGCAGCUGCCUAGAGGGAUGUCCAGGACCAAGUCAUUUGGUGCAACUGAGGAGGACCGACUGUCGGCUUUGGCUGGAGAACACCAUUUCCCCCGGAGCUCUUCCAUGACGGACAGCCUCCGAGACCACUCCAACUCCCAUUCUAUCCCGCCCCCUCCCCAGACUGCCCCCCCUCCUCCCCCCUCCCUCUACUACCUGGACACUGGCCCUCCUCCCGCCUUCUGCCCCCCUCCUCCCCCUGCCAGGGGUCAUGGUCAGGGUCAUGACCCUGGAGGUCGUUCCAUCUUCAAGCCCUCCUCCCUGGACCUGGACCGGCCCUACGACCCAUCGCCCCGCCAGUCCUCCCAUGCCGAACGCCAGAAGAAGGCAAGGUCAAUGAUUAUUCUUCAAGACUCCUCCCACUUACCCGUGGAGCCCACCGACAUCCCCCGCCCCUCCGCCUCCGCUACACCACCCGAGCGAAUCAAACGGAAAGGCCGGGUGAUUGACAACCCGUACGCCAAUGUGGGCCAGUUUAGUAUUGGGUUGUACACACCCACCAAGCCCCAGCGCAAGAAGAGCCCUCUGGUGAAACAGCUACAGGUGGAGGACGCUCAGGAGAGAGCCAGCAUCGCCUUGGCUGCCGCCCACUCCCGAGAGUCCUCCCCCUCAGGUCGACACACACACACCCACGGCCACACACACACCAGCCGGGCCGACUACUACCAGCAGCAGCUGAUGGUGGAGCGCGAGCGUAUGCGUCUCCAAGGAGAGGCCCUGCUACAGGGGAAAGGGCCGUUCGCUGCCGCUAUCGCCGGCGCUGUGAAGGACCGAGAGCGCCGUCUAGAGGAGCGGAGGAAAUCAACAGUCUUCCUGUCGGUGGGGACCAUGGAGGGGGGGUCUGGGUCCGUCCCUGAGGCCCCCUCCUACACCACAUCUCGCUCCAUCGAUGAGCGCAUGCUCAGCAGAGAAAUGGGCCAGCUGCCGCCCCCUGCCCUGGCCCUGCGCCCCUCACCUGGCGGCACUACCUUCAUACACCCACUCACAGGGAAGCCCCUGGACCCUAACUCGCCCCUGGCUCUUGCGCUGGCCGCAAGGGAGCGGGCACUUACCUCCCAGACCCAGUCCCCCGCCAGCAGCCCUGAGCCCAGGACUAAACAGGACAGGGCUGGGGCUGGGGCUGGAGGUCAGGGGGCUUCGCUCUUCAUCGACAGCCAGACCAAAGAGCCUCAGCAUGGGGACGGGAGUCCGGGGUCGCCCCAGGCUAGUAAACCCCAGUGGGGAGCAUCCUCACCCGCAUUGCUUCGCCAGGAGAUGGAGGGAAGAGGAGAGGAGAGGAAGGAGGAGAGGAGAACGGAGGAUAAGAAAAGUAUGUUGAUUAGUAUCAUGGACACAUCACAGCAGAAGACGGCUGGACUAAUCAUGGUCCAUGCCACCACUAACUGCCAGGCAGUGGGGUUGGAACCAGGGCUGGAGCAGACCCCCACCUCCCCAGCCACCGAGCCCAGUAAACCCUCCCUCAGUCGGGUUCCGUCGCCCAGCCCCUCUGCCUCUCAGCCUCAGCCUCAGCCCCAGACCCAGCCGCAGCCCCAGGCCCAGCACCCCUCCAGCCCAGCCCACGCUCCCCUGGCCCAGGGCAGUUCAGAGGAAGAUGUGGAGCCCUACACAGUGAGCCUACCUCCAGCCAUGCUGUCCUCAAGUGAUGAGGAUACCAGAGAGGAGCUGAAGAAGAUCGGGGUACUCCCACCUCCAGAUGAGUUUGCCAACGGGUUGCUGGCCAAGGCACAGGCACUGGCACAAGCCCAAGCCCAGGGGACCCCUGUACCCCAGUCUAAAUCUGUCACCUCCCCCACAACACCUACCACCCAUACUCCCCUCACCCCUUCCACCACCACCACCCCAACCCCCAGCCUGACCCCCACCUCAAGCCUGACCCCCACCCAGCUCCAGGCCCCUCCUUUCCAGCCAUCCCCCGGAGGAGCAGUCGUCUCAGGGAAGCCAUCAGACCCGGACCAGACCCAUCCUCCAGCCCUGCUGGCUGAGUCUGGUUCAGCAGCAGACUCUGGUGUGGAGGAGCCAGACACACGCAGUUCCAGUGAGAGAGAGCGAGACCACCACCUGGAGACCACCAGCACCGUGUCCACCGUCUCCAGCAUGUCCACUCUGUCUUCGGAGAGUGGUGAGCCCGCCGACACACACACCUCUUACGCUGACGGGCAGACCUUUGUGCUCGACAAGCCACCAGUGCCUCCCAAGCCCAGGCUAAAGUCCCACAUCGGAGGCAGUAAAGGCCCGGUAACCUUCAGGGACCCGCUGCUGAAGCAGAGCUCUGACAGCGAGCUGUUAUCCCAGCAGCAGGCGGCUGCUCUUGCUGCAGCAGCGGCCGGAGGGGCAGGGCUGGGGCAUGGAGGCCUGGGGUCUGGAGGCCUGGGGUCAGGAGGCCUGGGGUCAGGCUCUAUAUCUGGUCUGGUGGGAGGCCCUGGGAGGCCCCGCUACCUCUUCCAGAGGAGGUCCAAGCUGUGGGGGGACCAGAUGGAGGCGCGAGGACCCGGGGUGGGGUUAGGGAUGGGGAGUCUUGGCAGUCUAGGGGGGUUGGGGUUGGGGCUAGGGCUGGGGAGUGAGGAGGGAGGCAAACCAUCGGUAAUGGGGGAACUGAGUUCCAGACUGCAGCAGCUGAAUAAGGAUACCAGGUCUCUGGGGGAGGAGGAGCCACUGGGGGCAUCGCUGGACCCUGGGAGGAAGUCCCCUGUGACAGGUGCCAGACUUUUCAGCAGUCUAGGAGAGCUCCACACCAUUUCCCAGAGAAGCUACGGCACCUCCUACACAAUCCGGCGUGGCAGCCACUACCCCAUUACACGCCGAAUCGCAAGCCCCGGCUCGGGCUCCCCAGAUCGGGGUGACCCCCUAAGUCGACUCCCAGGCUUCGGCUUACCCACCUCGCCCACCACGCCGCCCCACACCAUCCUCAAGUCAUCCAGCCUCAGCCUGCCCCAUGAGCCCAAAGAGGUGCGCUUCGUUAUGAGGAGCUCCAGCGCCCGGUCCCGCUCCCCGUCCCCCUCUCACUCUCCUGGGCUGGGCUCGCCCCUCCUGGCCCUCAGGCCCUUCCACCAGAAGCCCCUCCACCUGUGGAACAAGUACGACGUUGGAGACUGGCUGGAGAGCAUCCACCUGGCGGAGCACAGGGCCGGCUUUCAGGAGCAUGAGAUUGAGGGCUCGCACCUGCCAGCACUCACCAAGGACGACUUCGCUGAGCUGGGGGUGACGAGGGUGGGACACCGCAUGAACAUCGAACGAGCACUCAAACAGCUGCUGGAGAGCUGACCCCUGCCCUGAAAGAGAGAGAAAGAAAGAGGGAGAGAGAGGGGGGAAAGAGAGAGGGAGAGAGAAAAAUAAAUAGACCACCACAGUUUUACACCAACACUAUUUUAGGUCGAUGCUUUUCAUUUAUUUUCCUUCUGAUGUUUCUGAAAGUUUAAGUGAUUGUAUUUAUAUGCUGCUCUCAGCACUGCACUGAAUUAUGAGAGGAGGAAUCUAUGAAGUCUCUCCCCCAUCCCACAACCUAUCAGAUAAGUCCUCUGGAUGAGGCGCAUAAAUCCUUUGCAGAACAGAAUCUUGCAUGAGCUCCGAUUAGAACAUUUAAUUUGUGACUGCUUGAGUUGCUCCUUUAGUCACACCUUUAACCUCUCCCACAGACCUUUCCUUCUCUGUACCGCUCUUCUUCUCUCUGUCCCUCCAACCCUUCCCUCGCUAUCUCUUUCCCUCCUGUUCGUUUUGCCUCUGAAAGAUCCCCAGUUUGUGUGAAGAAGGAGGAGGAUGAAUCUCGUUCCAAACGGAAAGUUCAGUUGCCUUUCAGAAUAUUCUUAUAGAGAUCAGCUACGGUGAACACAGGAGUAAAGACGCAGUACUGACCUAGUAUUGACAUAGAACUGACAUACUGAUACAGUACUGACACGGGCCUCUCUCCGCUCUGCCUGGCAUUGUGUUUAACACUUGAGCCCAGAGACGGAGCUCCGCGUUGGAGACCACGUGUGGAGAACUCCUCCAUCCUGGGACCCUCUCACGGACUGACUGUGCUAUCUAUUAUAUUUGGAGAAUGUUUAACCAACACUAGUGGCUUUUUUCAUAAUCAAAACAUUUGCUUUGGGUUUCCAAAGGGAAUAUUAUAGAUAGAUAUGAUAUAAAUGUAUUUAAAUAGCUUUGAGAAAGAAAAACAAAUGACAGAACGUUGAAAAGAAGAUAUGUUAUAAACAAAAGAGCAUCUGACACCUACUUCUAGACAGAGUACAGAGAGAAAACUUUAACAUUUAUUCCACCAACAAUUUACUUGUUUUUACCAACUCUAUACAUAUAUAUAUAUAUAUAUAUAUAUAUAUAAAUAUAAUAUAAAAAAAGUAUAUAGAUCUAUAAAAAUGAAAUUUUGUCAUAAAAUAUACAACUUGACUAAAACUAUACAUGGUAUUCUAUAUACAACACACUGUUGAUGAACUGUCAUUCUAUGGUCACUCUUUCCUGAACAGUAGCAUGAGAAGUUGCAUCACGUCUUGAAAAGAGAGUUGUUUUCAUUUCUGUUUGUUUUCUUGCGGUCUUCCGUCAUACUGAAGGGUAUCCCACACAGUGAGGGGUGUGAAACCACAGUUGACCCCAGUUUAACCCCAGUGACCUCAAUACACACUCAGAUGUAGAGAUAUACAGAUAGGAUCUUAAUUAUCACCCUGUUGCAGAAGAACUUUCCUGCAAUGCAGGAAAUGUAAAACUUGUAGUGUAUUUGAGGUUUAAAAAGGCUUCUGAAGUUUG